AUGGGAUAUGAUGAAGUUCACGGUGCUGAUGAAGGUGAUGGUGGUGAUGGCGGUGGUGGCCUGAGCCCUCUCCUUGGACCCUCCUACAAGUCACCGAGCCCCUUGUGGGCCCUGACUGAGGAAAACCGGAGCAAGAACAGUGUGUCCGGCAAGGCCUCUGUGUUCGGAGAGGGCUUCCCACGUCACCUGGGAUGGCAUCAGGGCCUCCUGAGUCUCCUGGGAAGAUGGGGGCCUGGUGGGGGUGGAGAUCUGGGGGGAAGAAGCAUCGAGGAAGCCAUCCCCGCAGUCUGCAAGACCAGGACGGUCAUUUAUGAGAUACCUCGGAGCCAGGUGGACCCCACGUCUGCCAACUUUCUGAUCUGGCCCCCGUGCGUGGAGGUGAAGCGCUGUACCGGCUGCUGCAACACCAGCAGUGUCAAGUGCCAGCCGUCCCGCGUCCACCACCGGAGCGUCAAGGUGGCCAAGGUGGAGUACGUCAGGAAGAAGCCAAAGUUAAAAGAGGUGCAGGUGCGGCUGGAGGAGCACUUGGAGUGCACGUGCACCAGCGCCGGCCCGAGCCCCGACCACCGGGAAGAGGAGGCGGAGACCCCUCUGUCUUGCUGGUGGCAUCCAUCCUCAGGGUUGCCUCAUGGCCCAAGAUGGCUGCAGGAUCUCCAGAAAUCACAUCAAGCUGUAGGCUGGAAGAAAGAAGAAGAUGUGAGGUGAGGAUGAGCCAGCAGCCCUUUUCCGGGACACGGAUGUACAUGGCGUGUUACAUUCCUGAACCUACUAUGUACGGUGCUUAUUGCCAGCGUGGUCUUUGUUCUCCUCCGUGAAAACUGUCUCCAUGCACACUCUGGAGAACAAAGAGACAGUAUACGUUGUUUAUGUGACAUCAAAGCAAGUAUUGUAGCACUCGGUGAAACAAUAAGAAGCUUCCUUGUC